CAGCAAUCAAAUGAAAGCAUGGCGCCAACAAAAUCAUCCGCGUGGCUCUGCAAUUUAUGAACUUUUAAAGACUUUUUCUUUUCCGUGUGUGAAUCAAUCUCUCCUACUUCCAUACUAAAUCUGACUUUUUCCAUUAAUUCCAAAAGGUACCUUUUUGUUUUUGGCCCUCAAUCUACGACCAGAUCAUCCCUUUUUCUCCACUCCUCUGUUUCUUCAUCACUUAUAAAUUUCCACUCAAUUCUGUUUCUUCCUCCACUUCCAACAGAAACAAAACCCACAAACAUAAAAAAGAAACACUAAUGAUUCAAAUUCUCCUUUCUGGGUUCUAAUUCAUUUCCCCUGUUUCAGAAGCACCGCCGGAAAAUAUGAACACGAUGAUGAACAGAACGGAUCUUCAAUUCCAGCUAACGGAUGUUUCAACGGCUCUUUCGAAUCUGAUUCUAACAGGCGGAGGAAAUACAUUGGAUUCGAUCUUCUCUCACUGCGAGAAUUUAACUUCUGUGAACGAUGGCGGAGAUUUUGUUCGGCCGGUGGGGUCGUCGGUGUAUCUCCAGCAGCAGGAGGUAUUGAAGAGAUUUUCUGAAAACGAUAAACCAAAUGGGUCUCGGGAUUUGUUUUCACGGGCGUAUGAAUUGCUAUAUUCGAGAAGCGGGGCUGCUGUGGGCGGCGGUGAGAGGAAGCUUUACAGAGGAGUGCGGCAGAGACAUUGGGGGAAAUGGGUGGCGGAGAUUCGGCUGCCGCAGAAUCGGAUGAGGGUGUGGUUGGGAACCUAUGAUUCGCCGGAGGCUGCCGCGUACGCGUACGACUGUGCUGCUUGUAAGCUCCGGGGGGAAUAUGCGCGGUUGAAUUUCCCGAAUCUUAAGGAGCUGAAGACGGAUUUGGGCGGCGGCGAGUUUGCGAGAUUGAGUGGGUUGAAGAAAUUGGUGGACGCCAAGAUUCAAGCGAUUUUUCAGAAGAUUCGGAAGGGGAAAGGGAAGAAGAGUGUGAAGAAGAAUGAUUCUCACAGAACCGGCAGCGAUUUGGGUUCCGGUUCGUGUUCUUCGUCGUCGUCGUCAUCAGUGUCUCUGCCGCCUACGGCAGUGGAGUUGACGGAUGAGUGGAGUUGGGAAAGGGUGCAGCCGCCGGUCGCGGCGGAAGAGGGUUUGUGGAACUUCGAGAACUCGCCUCGAGAUGUCUCCACGGAUUGUUCGACGGCGACGGCGGGAUUAGAAACGGAGUGCUAUUCAUUGGCAAAGAUGCCUUCCUAUGACGCGGAGCUCAUAUGGGAAGUUCUUGCAAACUAGGAUAAUUUUGAUUCUAACUAUUAUUUGUUUGAGACAUGAUACCUUGUUCAAACAUGUGAACGUCUACAUUAGCUAUGUUCAUAGCUUGGUU